AUGGCAGACUCUGCAACAGAGAUAGACCUCGACUCGGUCAUUGAUAGGCUUUUGGAAGUCCGCGGAAACCGUCCAGGCAAGCCCGUGCAGCUCCAGGAGUACGAGAUCAAGUAUCUUUGCACAAAAGCCCGCGAAAUUUUCAUCAACCAGCCCAUACUCCUCGAGCUAGAGGCUCCCAUCAAGAUAUGUGGCGACAUUCAUGGACAGUACUACGAUCUUCUGAGGCUUUUCGAAUACGGCGGGUUUCCGCCAGAAGCCAAUUACCUCUUUCUCGGAGAUUACGUCGACCGUGGCAAGCAGUCAUUGGAGACAAUUUGCCUCCUCCUCGCGUACAAGAUCAAGUAUCCCGAGAACUUUUUCGUCCUCCGAGGGAACCAUGAGUGCGCGAGCAUUAACAGGAUUUAUGGCUUUUACGACGAAUGCAAACGUCGUUACAACAUCAAGCUGUGGAAGACGUUCACCGACUGCUUCAACUGCCUACCGAUCGCGGCCAUCAUUGACGAGAAGAUAUUCACGAUGCAUGGCGGCCUAUCUCCAGAUCUGCAGUCGAUGGAGCAGAUCCGCCGGGUGAUGAGACCAACCGACGUGCCUGAUACUGGGCUGCUCUGCGACUUGCUAUGGUCGGACCCGGACAAGGACAUAACGGGUUGGUCAGAAAACGACCGAGGAGUGUCGUUUACGUUCGGGCCAGACGUCGUGUCCAGAUUCCUGCAGAAGCACGACAUGGACCUGAUCUGUCGAGCACAUCAGGUCGUCGAAGAUGGAUACGAGUUCUUCGCGAAGCGACACCUGGUGACGCUCUUCUCCGCGCCCAACUACUGCGGUGAAUUCGACAACGCGGGGGCGAUGAUGAGCGUAGACGAGACACUGCUGUGUUCCUUCCAAAUAUUGAAGCCCGCGGAAAAAAAGGCGAAAUAUCCGUACGGAGGAGCAAACAUGGGGCGACCGGUGACACCGCCGCGCAAACAGAAGAAGAAGGACGCGAGCAAGAUGGGCUGA